GUUUGGGAUUGAACCGAAUUCAUGGUUUAUACGCGUAUUUGUUAUCGAGCACUGAAGUAUGCUGCAAUGUAUUAGCCGGGUAAUCCAGAUAACGAGACCUUUAUCCGUUUUAACACACAUUUCACAUUUUCAGACUGUCAGACGCAAACCUAAAAAAACUGGAUAAGGUGUGCCUAGGAAGUGUUGCUCAACUGAUACUACAGUGUCUGAGACUGCAUUGCAGUUUGGCCACCGUACAGCCACCCUUUAAAUCUCUUCUGCACUUUUACACAGUGUAGCUUUGAAAGACAGAAUGAGUGACCCGGCAGUAACGAGGGUGGUGAGCGACAUCAUUCGCUCUCCAGAAGACAAGCGGGAGUACAGAGGACUGGAGUUCAGUAACGGCCUCAAAGCAAUCCUGAUCAGUGAUCCCACUACAGACAAGUCAUCAGCAGCGCUCGAUGUCCACAUAGGCUCAUUGUCGGAUCCUUCAAACAUUGCUGGUCUGGCUCAUUUUUGUGAGCACAUGCUGUUUUUGGGCACGAAAAAAUAUCCCAAAGAGAAUGAGUACAGUCAGUUCCUGAGUGAACAUGCUGGGAGCUCCAACGCUUUCACCAGUGGCGAGCACACCAACUACUACUUUGAUGUAUCCCAUGAACAUCUGCAAGGAGCGCUGGAUAGGUUUGCUCAGUUCUUUCUGUGUCCUCUCUUUGACGAGAGCUGUAAAGACCGUGAAGUAAAUGCUGUGGACUCUGAACAUGAGAAGAACCUGAUGAACGAUGCAUGGAGAUUAUUUCAGCUGGAGAAGGCCACUGGGAGCCCCAGUCAUCCUUUCAGCAAAUUCGGAACAGGCAAUAAGCUGACUCUGGAAACAUGGCCAUCCCAGAAAGGAGUUGACAUCCGUCAAGAGCUGUUGAAAUUCCACUCCACGUAUUAUUCUUCCAACCUGAUGGGACUUUCUGUUCUCGGGAGAGAAUCUCUGGAUGACUUGGAGUCUAUGGUUGUUAAACUCUUUGGAGAGGUGGAGAACAAAUCUGUGCCUAUCCCUGAAUUCCCACAGCAUCCCUUCCAGGAAGAGCAUCUUAGGCAAUUUUACAAGGUCGUUCCGAUUAAGGACAUCCGGAACCUCUACGUUACUUUCCCUAUCCCUGACCUACAGAAGUACUAUAAAUCAAACCCUGGCCAUUAUUUAGGCCAUUUGAUAGGGCAUGAGGGUCCAGGGAGCCUGCUGUCUGAGCUGAAAUCUAAAGGUUGGGUAAAUACUUUAGUUGGAGGCCAGAAAGAGGGAGCCAGAGGGUUCAUGUUCUUCAUCAUUAAUGUGGAUUUAACCGAAGAAGGCCUAUUGCAUGUAGAGGACAUCAUCUUUCAUAUGUUCCAGUAUAUUCAAAAGCUGCGUACAGAGGGCCCUCAGGAGUGGGUUUUCCAGGAAUGCAAGGAUUUGAACACAGUGGCCUUCAGAUUCAAGGAUAAAGAACGCCCACGUGGAUACACAUCUAAAGUAGCUGGACUUUUGCACUAUUAUCCAUUGGAGGAGGUUCUUGCUGCAGAGUAUAUGUUGGAGGACUUCAGACCAGACCUUAUAGAGAUGGUGCUGGAUAAGUUGAGACCAGAGAAUGUCAGGGUCGCUGUGGUCUCCAAGUCAUUUGAAGGACAGACUGACAAGACAGAAGAGUGGUAUGGAACACAGUACAAGCAGGAAUCUAUAUCUGAUGAGGCCAUUAAGAAUUGGCAAAAUGCUGAUCUCAACGGAAAGUUCAAACUGCCAAUGAAGAAUGAGUUCAUCCCCACCAACUUUGAAAUUUACCCUCUUGAGAAGGACUCUCCAUCUUAUCCCACUUUAAUAAAGGAUACUGCAAUGAGUAAAGUGUGGUUCAAACAGGAUGAUAAAUUUUUCCUGCCUAAGGCCUGUCUAAACUUUGAAUUCUUUAGCCCUUUUGCCUAUGUGGACCCGUUGCACUGUAACAUGGCAUAUUUGUACCUUGAACUUCUCAAGGACUCCCUCAACGAGUAUGCAUAUGCAGCCGAGCUAGCUGGCUUGAACUAUGACCUCCAAAAUACCAUCUAUGGGAUGUAUCUCUCAGUAAAGGGCUACAGUGACAAGCAGCACAUCCUGCUGAAGAAGAUCAUUGAGAAAAUUGCCACAUUUGAGAUUGACGAGAAACGCUUUGACAUCAUCAAGGAGGCGUAUAUGAGGUCUCUGAAUAAUUUCCGGGCAGAGCAGCCUCACCAGCAUGCCAUGUACUACCUUAGGCUGCUCAUGACUGAGGUGGCAUGGACUAAAGACGAGCUUAAAGAAGCGCUGGAUGAUGUCACUUUGCUCCGCCUCAAGGCCUUUAUACCUCAGCUGUUGUCACGGUUACAUAUUGAAGCCCUGCUGCAUGGCAACAUCACCAAACAGUCUGCGCUCAGUAUGAUGCAGAUGCUGGAGGACACGCUAAUCGAGCAUGCUCACACCAAGCCCCUCCUCCCAAGCCAGCUGAUUCGCUACAGGGAGGUGCAGGUGCCUGAUGGUGGUUGGUACGUGUACCAGCAGAGGAACGAGGUCCAUAAUAACUGUGGUAUAGAGAUUUACUACCAGACGGACAUGCAGACCACACAUGACAAUAUGUUGUUAGAGCUCUUUUGUCAGAUUAUCCACGAGCCCUGCUUCAAUACACUGCGCACCAAGGAACAGCUCGGCUACAUUGUGUUCAGUGGUCCACGUAGGGCUAAUGGUGUGCAGGGGCUCCGUUUCAUCAUCCAGUCAGAGAAAGCCCCUCAUUACCUCGAGUCACGAGUGGAGGCCUUUCUCAAGACUAUGGAGAAGAAUGUUGAGGAGAUGAGCGACGAAGCCUUCCACAAGCACAUUCAGGCCCUGGCCAUCCGUCGUCUCGACAAGCCCAAGAAGCUGGCGGCUGAAUGCGCUAAGUACUGGGGCGAGAUCAUAUCCCAGCAGUACAACUUCGACAGGGAUAAUAUUGAAGUUGCCUAUCUGAAGACGUUAACGAAGGACAACAUUAUGCAGUUCUACAAGGAUCUUUUGUCUAUUGAUGCUCAUAAGAGGCACAAGGUGUCUGUGCAUGUGCUGUCUCGGGAGAUGGACUCCUGUCCAGUGGUGGGAGAGUUCCCAGCUCAGAAUGACGUCAAUCUCGCUCCUGCUCCUUCUCUGCCUCAGCCUGUGGUGGUCCAGGACAUGACCGAGUUUAAGAGGAGUCUGCCUCUUUUCCCUCUCGCUAAACCUCACAUCAACUUCAUGGCUGCCAAACUGUGAUCACACCACUUGCAGUGCAUUACUGGGUUUGAUCUAGACACACAGCACUCUUGAGUUUAGAGCCAGUAACACUGUCUUCUGACUGUGUCGUGUUUGUGUGUGUGUGUUUGUGUGCGUGUGUGUGUGACUUGGCUGAGGUGUAGCAGUGUCGAGUCAUCGUGUUGGCUACACUGUACACUUACAGCCUGGUCACUGAGGAGCUAUUUAAAAUCACUUUACACACACAGCUGUUUUAGAGAUUACAAAAAUGAUUUGAUUAAUCAGGAAUAGUUCAUGUAGGUGUUGAGUGCUGACCACAGGGACAUUUUACAUUUGUGUUUGCCUCAUUAUAAAAGGGUUAAAUUUUUCAUUUAAAACAUGUUGGAUAUAUCAUCUUUACUGUGCUUUUUGAAGAGAGAGUCAACAUUUUAGCAAUCUUUUUUUUUUCUUAUUUACCCAGAAUCUUGGAAAAGCACUGAUUAUUUUCCAUUUGCAUGCUUGAAUUCAAUUCGAUAUUUUGCAUUUUUUAUUCUAUUUAUUACUUUUACAAAUAUAUUAAUGGAAGAGGUUUCAGAAUUGUUUUGUUCAAUUUAUCAAGCUGCACAUUUUGCCUUACCUUAAUCUAGUCACGUAAAAGUCAUCACCGAUCUGUUGACGGUUUUGCCGCUUUCUGAUUUCUUACAGCACCACAGUAACACGGUGUGUGUGUGGUCAUUUGAACGCCUCCUUCAGCUUUAGAACACUACAAACAGCACAGUGUCUCUUAUUAGCUAUUCUGCUACAUGUUUAUUUGCUAAGCCUGGAGAUAUCAAUUUAUUAUGCUUUGAUAGUUAAAACAGUGCAGUUCAUAAAAAUGCUGAUAUUGGCGUUGUCAGAUUUUGGGUAAAUAGAGAAAUCGUUUUUAAUUGCUAGAAUGUUGAACCCAUUGAGCCCAUUUUCCCCAGAACUGUUUCACUUUGAGUUUGAAGAUGCUCAUGCAACAAACUGUCUACACAUGGUUUCUGUACCAGAAAUAUUUUGGCCUUAAGUAAAAAAUAUUUUAAAUCCAGUGAACAGGUUUUUAAAAAUCUGGUAUUUUAUUUUCGCUAGUUAAAUGAUUUGGAGGAGCUGUUUUAGGCUACUGAGUAGAUGGGCAUGGAGCAGUUUUAUUAGAUUGCUUUCUUAAGGAUCAUACUCAAAGUGAUUGUUAUGGCUUUUUAUUUUGUUUGAAGUUGAAGGAGAACUUUAAUAAAUCAUUUUUAAAUAUAA